AUCGAAACGCAGCGUAUAACACGUCUCCGUCAUUCUCUUCCACAAAACUGUGACCAGAGAGUGUGAUUAAAAAAAAAAAAAGCUAUCAGCUUUCGAUGAACAAUCUCGAAAACGAAGACAAGCACACGAACGAGCCAUCAAGACACGCGGCGGAACCGGCUAUGUCAGCGGCGGCAAUAGAUGGCGUGGCGGCUUUGCGAUCGGUGUUUCAGCGGGUGAACCAGGCGGCGGAGAAAGCGGGCCGCGCGUCGGAUCGGAUACGGGUCAUAGCGGUGAGCAAGACGAAGCCAGUUUCUCUGAUUCGUCAAGUGUACGACGCGGGUCAGAGGUCUUUUGGGGAGAACUACGUGCAGGAGAUCAUUGAGAAGGCCCCACAGCUUCCUGAAGAUAUAGAGUGGCAUUUCAUUGGGAAUCUGCAGAGUAACAAAGUGAAGCCUUUGCUAACUGGAGUGCCUAACCUUGUGAUGGUGGAAAGUGUGGACGAUGAGAAGAUUGCAAACAUGCUUGAUCGUGUGGUUGGGAACAUCGGAAGAAAGCCUCUGAAGGUCUUGGUCCAAGUGAAUACCAGUGGCGAAGAGUGUAAGAAUCUGAGAAUCUCCAACUUUUUCUUCGCAUCCAACUCAAAUGUUUCCAUUCCAACGUCUCUUUACAUGACCAUCUCACCGAUACUUGCAGCGAAAUUCGGCGUGGAGCCCUCUGGAUGCGUAGGACUAGCAAAGCACGUGAAGGAAGCCUGCUCGAACCUUGAGUUUUCUGGUUUGAUGACGAUAGGGAUGGCUGAUUACACUUCAACCCCAGAGAACUUCAAGAUGCUUGCGAAAUGCAGAAGUGAAGUGUGUGAGGCGCUUGGAAUACCUGAGGAGCAAUGUGAGCUAUCCAUGGGGAUGUCCGGUGACUUUGAAUUAGCCAUUGAACUGGGAAGCACAAAUGUGAGAAUAGGAUCGACGAUCUUCGGGGCGAGAGAGUAUCCUAAGAAAAAUUGAACUGCUUGCAAACACUUUGAAACCGUGAUUAAAACAUCAAAACCAGUUUCCAGGAAGAACAAAUAAAAACUGCUGUUUUAUUAUUGGUGAAAUGAUAUGUUGUAAGACAUAAUAUUAAUCAAAGCCCGUUUCUUCAGACA